AUGCCUCGGAUAUCCAAGACGGCUUCAGAGCCGACGCUCUACGAGAUCCUCUCACUCACGCCCAAGCACCUCGAGGGCCAAGCAGCCUCGGCACAGCAGCGGGUCGUGAAACAGGCAUAUCACAAGGCGCUGCUGAAAUACCACCCGGACAAGAACAACAACGCCGCCAGCUCCGGAUCCGGAUCAGAUUCACCCUCCAAGCCCCAGCCCAAAUCCAAAUCCAAAUCCAAAUCCACCACCACCAAAACCUCCUCAUCCUCUACCCCAAACUCAAAUUCAGACUCCUCCCCCAUCACCUACACAGUAGACCAGAUCCAGCACGCCUACACCAUCCUGUCCGACAGCAAGACGCGCAGCGAGUACACGCGGUCCCUGCAGACGUCCCAAAAAUCCAUCAGCACGCGGCACCGCGUAUCAACACAAUUCCACACGGGCGUCGAGACCGUCGACCUGGACGACGUGGGCUUCGACGAGCGCAGGGGCGUCUACUUCCGGUCCUGCCGCUGCGGCAACGCGCGCGGCUACGCCUUCACCGAGGACAACCUCGAGGAGGUCGAGGACGACGGCGUGCUCAUGGUCGAGUGCCUCGACUGCAGUCUCUGGCUCCGGGUGCUGUUUACUGCUGCUGCUCCUGAUGAUGAUGACGAGGAAGAGGAUCAGGGGAAUGUGACUGCGACUCGGCAUAGCGGCAAGGCCAAAGAGGCCCGGAUGCAGCAGCAGCAGCCACCGCAGCAGAUGCAACAGCAAAGAAACGACGUCACCUCAGAGAGGCGCGGCAGCGGCGCCGUCAAAAAGAAGGGCAGGGGCUGGAAUUUCAACUUCAGCUUCGGCUGGGGGCUCUCGGUUGGGGGUUCGGCAUCAGCGAGCGGCGGGAGUGGGAACUAG